AGUUCAUUUCAUAGUGACGCGCAACGGUUUCCUUCGAAUGCAGUACUGUAUUGAACACCAUUACCCAGAAUCCUCUCUGCUUUACCGUAAGCUCCGGGGGCGGAGCUCGAGGAGAAAGCAUGGCAGCUGGCAUCCUUAGUAGAGUAACCGAGGUCCUGCGUGCUCCUCGGUUUGUCGGUGCUGUGUUUUCUUGUCAUCAUGGACCGCUCAGCACCGCAGCAGCUGCGGCCAAACAUCCGGCGGCACCGAGCGAUGAUACCGGUGUGAACAGUAAGAUCCUAAAUUUUCCCCUCACUCAGCCAGACUUUUUCCGCUUGUCUGAGCUCUUCACCAUCAAGGACCUGUUUGAAGCCCGCGUGCACCUUGGCCACAAGAAGGGCUGCAGACACAGACUGAUGGAACCCUAUCUGUUCGGUUCACGUCUGGAUGUUGACAUAAUCGAUCUUGACCAGACAGUGGAGCACCUCCAGAGGGCGUUAAACUUCACCGCUCACGUGGCUUACCGGGGCGGCAUCAUUAUGUUCGUCAGUCGCAGGCGACAGUUCGGCCACCUGGUAGAGACGACGGCUCGAGAGUGUGGAGAGUACGCACACACGCGCUACUGGCAGGGCGGACUGCUCACCAACGCCCCUGUCCAGUACAGCCCCGGUGUCCGGCUUCCGGAUCUCAUCAUAUUCCUCUCAACCCUCAAUAACGUUUUUCAGCCACACGUAGGGAUCCGGGACGCGGCCAAAAUGAAUAUUCCCACGAUCGGGGUGGUGGACUCCAAUUGUAACCCCAGCCUGCUCACGUACCCGGUGCCAGGCAACGAUGACACUCACGUUGCCAUGGAGAUGUACUGCCGGCUGUUUAAAAUGACCAUCAACAGAGCGAAAGACAAGAGGAGGCAAAUGGAGCUGCUGAGAGGAAUUUCAACCCCAGUUUGAGAUACAGUGACUGUUUCAUUGAGCUUUACAAACCUCAGCAGGAAAUAAGAGUCCAACAUUUUAUGCUUAAACAUAUUCAUGUAUUGUAAAUGUCUAAGAAUUUGAAACACGAGCUACCUUUAGUUUAAUACUUCACUUGUUUUUUACAUAUGAAUAGAUACCAUGUUUAAUUUGCAAGUACAUUGACCACUUCAUCAACUUCAUUAAACCAGAUAUUAAAUCCA